AUGCCUCGUGCCAGCAGCAGCAACAACGCUCUCUGCACCGACACAGCAAGAGCUAUCUCAGCAACGGAGCUGCAACCGGAGCAGCAACUGCUGCAGCAGUUGCUGCAGCUGCUGCAGCAACUGCUGCAGCAGCUGCAGCAACAGCAGCGGCAGUUGCAGCACACACCAGCACAAACAGAAGCAGCAGCAGCAUCAGUACAAAUCUCUUCAGCAACAGCAGCAGCAGCAGCAGCAGCAGCAGCAGCAGCAGCAGCAAUGGCAGCAACAGCAGAUGCCUCUGUGCUGCGCUGGCGGCUCCGGGGAUCGUCAACAGAGACGUCUCCCGUUGGCCUUGCGCUGCCUGUGUCGUGUGGGGAGGUGCGUAUACACCUGAAGCAGCAGAUGGGUGUUGCUGCACUAACAGCAAUCGAUCUGCUGCUGUCUUUUGAGGGGGCCCCUGAGGAUGUGCUGCCAGACAGCUUGCUGCUGCAUCAGCCUCUGUGUAUCCUGGUGCAGCGAAAGCCUGCUGCUGCUGCUGCUGCUGCGCUGCGGGAAGCAGAGCUUAAGUACCAGCAGCAGAUGCAGGAGCAGCAGCAACUGCAGCAGCAGCAGCAGCAGCAGCAACCACAGAAUCUUCAGCUCCAACGGGGCACAGCAGCUAGCCGUGCAGCAGCAGCUGCUGCUGUUGCUGUAGACAGCAGCAGCAGCAGCAGCAGCAGCAGCAGCAGCAGCAGUUUGAGUUCUUACCGAGGUUAUUCGGGAUCAAAUUCAUCAGCAGGAUCAGCUGCUGCUGCUCGUCAUCAGCAGCAUGCAUAUUACCAGCAGCAGCAGCAGCAGCAGCACUACGCAGCAGCAGCAGCAGCAGCAACAGCUGUUUCUGCUGAUUAUAUUUGUCAUAUGUGCGGCGAAAGCGGCCACCACAUAAAGAACUGCCCCAAGUCCUCCGACGCAAAACAACAAAAAAAAAUCAGGCCUGCAACAGGGUUAGUAGUAGUAGUAGUAACAGCAGUUGCAGCACUAGUAGUUGCAGAAGUAGCAGCAGAGACAGCUGGGGGGGGGUGGAUAGGGUUGCCGUCAUCGUUUUUGAGAGACAUUUUGCCUUCUGAAAUUCACAAGUACCAGGAGGUCUAUAUUAAAAAGGACGGGAGUUUCGCGGUGCUGAAGACAGCAGCAAUUGGGGGGCUGUCGGUGUUGGGAUCGUCUUUAGAUAUACGUAUCCAGCGGCAUCAACAUCCUGCUGCUCCAGCUGCUGCUGCUGCUGCUGCUGCUGCUGCUGCUGCUGCUGCUGGGGGGGGAAACAGUGCAGCACGAGGACUCAUAGGACACUGCCCAGGAUGCAAUGCUGUUAUUGCUGCUGCUCCUGCUGCUCCCGCUGCUGCUGCUGCUGCUGCUGCUGCUGCUGCUGCUGCUGCUGGUGGGGGAAACAGUGCAGCACGAGGACUCAUAGGACACUGCCCAGGAUGCAAUGCUGUUAUUGCUGCUGCUGACUUAGCUGCUAACACUGUGCUGCAGCAGAGCGUCGAUACCGUCACCUGCAGCAACACAGCUCGCUGGAACUGGCAGCAGCAGCAGCAGCAGCAGCAACAGCAACAGCAGCAGCAGCAGCAGCAGCAGCAGCAGAAUCUUGUCAAGUCCGAAAACCCACAACCAGGCUCUAUUGCUGAUCUCCUCUCUAGGGGGUCAUCUGCAGCUGACGCGGGGGACGCAUCCAGUGCAGCAGCAGCAGCAGCAGCAGCAGCAGCAACAGCAGCAGCAGCAGGUGCAGCAACAACAGCAGCAGCAGCUGAGGAGUCUGUCGGACUGCUGAAAGUGAAAGAGGAACCAGUUGAGACCCAACAACCACCUGCUGCAGCAGCAGCAACAGCAACAGCAGCAGCAGCAGCAGCAGCAGCAACAACAACAACUGCAGCACAAACCGCGCCGCUGCUGAAAAAAGAAGAGCCCGACGACUCAGUACCCCCAGCGGGGUCAUCUGCAGCUGACGCGGGGGACGCAUCCACUGCAGCAGCAGCAGCAGCAGCAGCAGCAGCAACAGCAGCAGGAGCAGCAACAACAGCAGCAGCAGCUGAGGAGUCUGUCGGGCUGCUGAAAGUGAAAGAGGAACCAGUUGAGACCCAACAACCACCUGCUGCAGCAGCAGCAACAGCAGCAACAGCAGCAGCAGCAGCAGCAGCAACAACUGCAGCACAAACCGCGCCGCUGCUGACAAAAGAAGAGCCCGACGACUCAGUACCCCCAGCGUCGGCAGCAACAGCAGCAGCAGCAACACCAGCAACAGAAGCAGCAGCAGCACCAACAGCAGCAGCAGCAGCAGCAGCAGCAGCAACACCAGCAGCAGCAGCAGCAGCAGCAGCAGCAGCGCCAAGCGAAGACGAAGCUCUCCCUGAUAUAAGUGAUUUGCUGCACUUCAAUAUUCCAGUGGAGCAAAUAAUUGAACAGCACCGCAUAGCAGACGAACAAAUAAAGGCAUAUAGAGAAAAACGAAAGGCUGCAUUCCUGCAGCAGCAGCAGGAGCUGCAGCAGGAGCUGCAGCAGCAGCAGGAGCUGCAGCAGCAGCAGGAGCUGCAGCAGCAGCAGGAGCUUCAGCAGCAGCAGGAGCUGCAGCACCAGCAGGAGCUGCAGCAGCAGCAGGAGUUGCAGCAGCAGCAGGAGCUGCAGCAGCAGCAGGAGCUGCUGCUGCAGCUGCUAUUCUACACCUUUUUUCCGUUCCACUUUGGGUCCUUGUUGACGACUGCAACGCAGCAGCAGCAGCAGCAGUAG